AUGUCCUCGUCCCUCGCAUGCGAAAUUAUGCAGCUGCACGAGCUAUUCAAGCUUGGGGCUCUCACCCAAGAAGAGUUCAACGAUGCUAAGCAGGCAGCCAUCCGCAACUUCAACGCCGCCACCGCUACUACGGCUACAUCGACCCCAGAUCCAGCAGUGAACAGGGCAUCGCUCUCUGAGUCGUCAGCAUACUUGUUGCCCACACCCGCGGAACAACAGCCCGGCACAAGAGUCCCCCCUGGUGAUACGGCGGCGGCGGCGGCGGCAGGCGAGCCACUCGCACCUCCGUCUCCAACCGCGUCUCCGAUGGUGGCCACAGUAGCAGCAACAGGCUCGCGAACCUUUGAAAAAUGGAAGGAGCUCUGGGACACUGCCAGAGUUUACACCCGCGUCGCCGCUGCUUCAACCGCCUUAGCGCCUCUUGACGCCCUUGACGCGCGCAUACGGGCCCUUCGGUGCCUGUCGCGUCUUUUGCGCAAUGUGCAGAUGCACCCGGCGGAGCCCAAGUACGGGCGAAUUCGCGAGGCGAACGAGAUCAUCGCCCAGGAGCUCAUGUCCCUCGCGGAACCAAGCAGCGCCGUGCUCAGCUUCGCUGGAUUUGUGCGGGAGCGAGAUGAGCAACAUGCCUCACUAAACGCUUCAUUGACUGGCGCCGCAGCGUACUGCUGGGUGCUGCGUAGGGACGGUACUGCGGAAACAGUAGCACGCAAAGCUGCAGCGGCGGUGCGCCUCGUCCACGAGCUGCUCGAGUACUUUGGCGAGCAGCAAUCCCGACGGUAUCGCGUGCAGCAGCUGUGGCGUUCGGUUGCGUUGGAGGUGAGGCUUGAGCGUGCCAGGUGUGGCACUGACUCGAGCAGUCCUCUGCUGGAUGUGCCAAGCGACCCUGAGGAGGCAGACAGAAAAAAGGAGGAGCGCGAGAGUGGCAAAGACAGUCAGGGCACAGCGGCGCGGCCUGCUGAGAGCGAAGCGCUGUCACCAUCACACAGGUUGCUAUCGUACUUGGUGGAGUGCUACACCGUGGACGAGGCCGGUGAUGGUCUCUUCUCGUCCAUGCUGCACCUACAGACCCUGCAGCGACUGUACGAGGCGGUGGCGACGGUGAGCGUCGAGGGUGGCGCACGGCCACAAUCGUCCCAUUCGCUUUUCCGAACGUCAGAAGUCUACGGUGCGGUGGUGCAGCAGCGCGGCGCCGUUGAACUACUCGUGUACGGCUGUGGCGCUCGCUUCCAUCCGCCGCCGGUAACAACACCGCGCGUACUUGCAGUAGCUGCGUCACCGCUGCCUGCGGCGUUGUCCCCGCAGUGUAGUGACGCAGCCAACGACUACACGGUCCAGCUCAUCCCCUCUGAUACGCCAGACGUCUCGGAGUUUGUGGCUCGCUGCUUGCGGCUACUGCGGCGCCUGCGGCGCGAGGUGGAGCGAGUGCAACGGGAGCGGGCUCGUGCUGCCCGUCAGGCAGCGGAGGCCUCCAUGCGACAGGAACUAAAACGCGAGCGGCAACGCCGCCAGCUGGAGAAGAAUAGCGGGCGGGACGAAAUGUCUGUGUACGAGCGGACGCCACAACAGCACCAACGUCGCCGCACACAUCUGCGGGGGCACGGAGCUCGUCGAAGAGCGGGCUCUUCCUCCUCCUCCACCACUUCUUCGCACGGUGAGGCAACGAAGGGUGAUGGGAAACGCAUCCCGCUGGCGGAGGCUUUGGCGAUACUGAUGGGGAAGAAAAGCCCACUGUCGAGACGACCGCCACCUGCGUCAUCGUCGCCAUCGUGA